CUUAUCCUCCCCCCGUUCUCCGUUCUCUUUUCUGUCGCUGUGUCUGUCGCUCUCGUCGUCAAAGACUUGGCCUGAGUGCGGACUUGGCGGAGUACGAAUGCUAUAGCCCCGGCGCCUAUGCUUUCUUCUGUCUUCACCUUUGCGUGUGCUGUGCUCGUCGUCGUUGGAUGGCACAGCGUGUGCGCGCUCGACCCUCGAGCUCAUGCGAGAAGGACGACGAACGUGCCGCCCGUGCAUCGGCUCUUGCGCCGUGCAGGAAACACGACGGAGGCUGGAAUCACACCCUUGGCUAUAUCAGAUGACAAGCAGUCGUACUACGCUGUCCUCUCCGCGGGCGGCAUCUUCUUCCGCGCCGCGCUCGACACCGCGUCCGCCGACCUCUGGCUCAGCUCGUCCGAAUGCGAGACGAAGACGUGCAAGGCCGUCCCGCGCUAUCCGCUCUUUUACAACUCCCCCUCCUUCCAGACCGUCUCCGACAACGCGACCGCCUUCGACGUCAGCUUUUUGGACGGCACCGCUGCGUCCGGAUUCGUCGCGCGCGAGGCGAUCUCCGUCGCGAACAUAACCGUACCCGACCAGGCGUUCGGCGUCGUCACCGAGUCCAACGUGACGAUGGGCAGCGAGGUCAGCGGUAUCCUCGGCCUCGGCUUUCCCCGUCUCUCAAACAUCGCGGCGUCGACCGUCAACGCGACGCCGUUCAUGGCUAGCCUCGCGCAGCAGGGCAUGCUCAACUACCCCAUCUUCUCCCUCAGCCUUACCUAUAACUCGAGCGGUAGCAUCGCCUUCGGCGCCGUCGACUCGGAGAUCGUAACGAACGCGAGCGAGGUGGUAUGGAAUGAGGUUGCCGCGUUCGCGCCUUUCGGAACCGAGCGUAACACAUCGGGUUACCUCGAGUGGGCGAUACCGCUUCAAGGCAUUGCUGUGAACGGCACAGGUAUCACUCCUAAACCGACCUACCCCAACGGCACCUAUGAUUUCUCACUCGCCUUGCUCGACAUUGGUACUCCUGGCAUAUAUGGUCCUUGGCAAGACGUUGAACGCAUAUAUGCUCAAAUCGAAAACGCGCGGCUCGUCGACCAAAGCGGCCAGUGGGUCGUACCCUGCGACAUUCAAGAAAACCUCGCUUUCACCAUCGGCGGCUACAACUUCACCCUCAAGCCGACCGACUACCUCAUAGGGCCCGCCUCGGGCAACCCGAAUCUAUGCCUCUCCUGGCCGCGCGCGAGCUCUCCCUCGUCCGAUGGCGUCGACUGGCAGCUCGGCACCGCCUUCCUCCGCACGGUCUACAGCAUCUUCUCGUACGGGAUCGACGGCAAGGAGCCGCCGAUGGUCGGCCUCUUCCCGCUCUACAACGCCUCCGCCCCGGUCCAAUCGGUUGCGGAGGUUUCGGCUUUCCUGUCCUCCGCCUCAGCGACGGUCGCGACGACGCUGCCGAACUUCCUCGUGUCGACGCCGACGUUGAGCACGCCUGCAUAUACGUUCAACACCUCCGUCCGGGCUUCGGUUGGCGAGAUCGUCACCUCCGACCUCGCGACGUCGACGUACUCGGCCGUGCUCGUCACGGCCACCGCGGCGGACGGCAAGGGCGCGUCGUCGAUCCCGACCAUCGAGAUCUCGCCGAGCCUUCAGACGUUCGUGGUUACCGAUACGGCGGGGCACACGUCCACGUCGACCAGCGUCGCGCCGUCUAUCACGCUCGGUGUGAUUCCCGGGCGUGGCGCGAUCAGCGCCGCAAGCCGACCUCACGUAAUCGUGUUAUCCUCGCUGUCGAUCUUCGUCCUCAUCGCCGUGACGUUACUCGCAUGGAUAUUGUAGCAGUAUUUCGGCUAGCGCUCGUGCUUUCGUAUCUUUAUUUCCUCAUUUCCCUUUCUGUCCGCAUUUCUUCUCUUAGCAUCUUUCGCAUCUCCUUGGACUGGACUAUCCGUAUGUUUGGUAGCCACUCUGUUACUCAGCAGCGCAUCAUCUCAUAUUUUUGAACUCUCUCGACUUGUAAGGCUAGGCAUUUGAGUGCCAAGCUAGGAAGUUCGCGAUCCUUCCUCUCCCUCCUUCACGCUGCCCUCGUACUCCUUCCACCACUCCGGCUUGAUCGCCUCGCGCUCGGUCAUGAGCGCCCGCACCCGGUCCUCGAGCGAGCGCUUCAAUUUGGUCGGCUCCUUAUCUACGAUCGAGUCGCUCUUGCCGCUCCGCAACAAGUCGAGCCUGAUGGUGUGCGCGCCGUCGACUGCUGAGAUGGUCUUGAGCACUUCCCGGAGCGCCCAGGGCGCUUCGGCCGCGUCGAGCCAUCGCUCCGCCGCUACGAGCUCAUCCUCGGUCCAGACGCGCACGCGCGGGUCGUCCAUGUCGACGUUGUCCAGUCCAGGGACGGCGCCGAGGUCGGCAGUGGUGGCGAGCGUCUCGACCCACUCCGAGAGAGCGGGGAAGAUCUUGAGCGGGUUGAUGAGAGUAAGGAGUCGGAGGGAUGCGAAUUUAUGCGGAAGGCCGCGGGAGAGAGUGAGUAGGUCG